GCUUUCUACAGUUUUUGUUCUGGUUUAAUUUUUGCUUGUAUGCCUCGUCACAAUUGCUCUGUCGGUGUGAUGAAGCAAGCAUGGUCCAAACGGAUUGUAGAACGAGGACAUGGCCAACACAGUGUCCCGGUUAGCGACUCAAAUGACAUGCGCUCGGCCGCCGAGCAACAGAGUCAGUGCCAAUUGCAGAGGCUCACUGAAACCGGUUUUAUUUCCUUCCAGGCCAGAUAA